CCAAAAUCAAAAUAGCUUAUUAAGAACAGCAAAAUGUAAUAAAUAUCUAAAAGUGAAUAAAUAAAAGUAUACAAAUAAGAACAAAUCUUAUACGCGUUGAUUUCCCUUUCCCAAUCCGACGUAAAUGUUAUUUGUUCAUCCAUUCCAACGUAAAGUCUAAACCCACCCCCCCGAUUGCUUCCUACCUAAUCCAUCCUCCCUCUACUCCUUUCGAUUUCAUUAUUCGGAGAUCUGUUCUUGUUUGCCUGUAUUUGUAGAAUUUCUGCGAUUAUUGGAAAAGGGUUUUAUAAUAUCAUCGGAUCUUAAUCUCUCUUCAAUCUUCAUCGUCUUCGAUUACCAUGAGUUUCCUCUUCGGCAAGAAAAAAACUCCCGCAGGUUUGUUUUAUCAUUUUGUUGUUACUGUAAUUCCUAUUUCAUCAGUUACUCUCGUGCAUGAUUCCUGCUGUUUGAUGAUUGGGUUGUCUCGAAUCCAGAAUAUUUUGUAAUUUAAUUCCUUUGUUUUCUAUGUGAUCAAGUUUCUUUCGAUCGGGAUGGUUAGGUUUAUAAUUGUUUCGAUUUUGUUGGGACUUAGCAUUCCAGUUCAAUUUCUGUAUUGAUCAAGGAUGUUCGGAAAAAGGGAAAAAAAAAAAAAAGCAAGAUUGUUUUCGGAUUCUCGAUGAUUUUUUAUUUUAACCAAACAAGUUCAGUUGAGGGUUAAUGUUAUGUUCGUAGCAAUUGAAGGAAUUGGUCUUACUCCUGCUCCUUAACUUAGGCCUGGGGGUCAUUUUGGCUGCAUAAGCUUUGUAUUUGCCCAUUAAUGAUAGUCCCUUGGUUCAUGUUUGGGGCAAGUGUUAAUUGGUCCUGUUUUGGGCUAGUUCUUAUUUCUUUCCUAAUCAGCACUAUCAUUUUUAUUUACAGAGCUCUUGCGGGAGAAUAAACGGAUGCUUGAUCGUUCUAUUCGAGAUAUAGAAAGGGAGAGACAAGGUUUACAAACACAGGAGAAAAAACUCAUUGCUGAGAUCAAGAAAAGUGCAAAGCAAGGGCAAAUGGUUUGUGCACUCUCUCUUAGUUGUCUGUAGUUUUGUAAUUAGCUUGUUAACUCUUUUCCACGCUAACAAUGUUGUUUCAUAUAUGAUGUCUCUUUAAUUUUCUCGUUAAUUUAGGAGCUUGAUCUAAGUUCCUUGCUCCUUUGAGUCAUUCGUUUUCUAGAAGUAGUUUGUAGUCUUUGUGUGAUUCUUACUGUGGACCUGUCGAUGUCGUGUUCUGGGAAUCCUCUGAAUUCUCCUGGUUAUGCUUCUUUUCUAGUUUGUGACCUUGGGCCGAAAUCAAAUUCACAUAUGUAGAUGGUGUUGCAUGCACGUGAUCAUUGUGUGCCUCUUGUUUUGCCGGUUAACAUCUCAGUUAUAGAUUUACUGGUGUGGAUUCUUGUUACUGCAAUAGAACAUGAACUGUUUUUAGUUGCAGUUCUAAAAUUUGUCUUAAUAUGGAUUCAUUCUGUUCUAGGGAGCUGUCCGGGUAAUGGCAAAAGAUCUUAUCAGGACUAGACAUCAGAUUGAAAAAUUUUAUAAACUCAAAUCUCAGCUUCAAGGAGUAUCCCUUAGAAUUCAGACUUUGAAAUCCACACAAGCAAUGGGAGAGGCAAUGAAAGGAGUCACUAAGGCUAUGGGCCAGAUGAAUAGACAGAUGAACUUGCCUGCAUUGCAGAAAAUAAUGCAGGAAUUUGAAAAACAGAAUGAGAAGAUGGAAAUGGUGAGUGAGGUGAUGGGUGAUGCCAUCGACGAUGCUCUUGAAGGGGACGAGGAAGAGGAAGAAACUGAAGAUCUGGUUAACCAGGUCCUUGAUGAGAUUGGCAUUGACAUCAAUUCUGAGCUUGUGAAUGCACCCUCAUCAGCCGUGGCUGCUCCAGCUGCAAAGACUAAGGUUCCCCAGGCAGAGUCAGCUGCAAAUGACGACAACGGCAUAGAUAGUGAAUUACAAGCUAGGUUAGAUAAUUUGAGGAAAAUGUAACUCUGCUGUAAAGAUAUGAAGAAAACAUCCUGCAUGGCUGUGUAAUUAAUGCUUAUGAUCACGUCUUUGACCUCGGAUGUCGAAUAAGAAUUUUAUGGAAGCACAUUUGUAUCUUUUUGACCUUAUUAGUCUGGAAUUGAUGGAAUUUUUCGCUCUUGACAUGUCAGUAUAUCUGUACCUUGAUAAGAAUCAAAUGCAAGAGGUUUGCUUUGUAAUCAUAAGAGUACUUUGACAGGCACAUUUGGUAAACAUUUACAUUCAUUGAUUCACACACAUCAAUCCAAAAACAAGAAGAAACUCAGACUAUACAGAAAUCACGCACCAAUGAACAACCCAAUAAAGCACAAAAAGCUUUAUUCUACAAAGUACAAGAAGAGGAACUGCUAAAUGGAGAAGCCAGCCAGCAAUCCUUCGCCGGUAGUUCUGGGAAUUGGAACUCUCGGCAACGGCGAGGUGACAACCCUGUUCAGAGACGGCGGCGGGUCGACCGGAGAACGACACAGUGGACAAUCCAGAUGAGAAUACAGCCACAUAUCAAUACAGGGAGCAUGAAAGGAGUGUUUACACCUCGGCAACUGCUUCAAUUCUUCAUCCUCUUCAAAAACUGACAAACAAACAGCACAUUCAUAUUCAUUAUAAUUAGCUCCAACAACAACAACAUCCUUUGAUAAUGACGAAGAUGAUGAAGACCCUUCUUUCUUGUACUUAAAACUCGAGAUCAAAAGCGCGUUCGAAUUGUCAAAACUCAUACUUGAUGCUCCUCCUCUGGCCUCGUCACGGCCGGAGGAGGGCCGGUCUGCCGCCGGCCGAGUGUAAUUGGAGCACCAUCUUAAUAUGAUCAAGUUGUAAAUCACCAGCACUAUUCCGGCCGUUCCGACAACCACCAAACCGUAGUACAACACCGGCAUAUGACUCUGUUUCGACGGAGGCGGCGGCGGCGGAACAUAGGGAAAUGGGGAAAAUCCCAUGGCUAUAAACGUACGUCCAAUUGCUGAUAGUGGGUUUUUUUUUGUGUGUGUGGUUAAACUAACAGUAACAGUGGAUAAUUAUAUAGCAAUUAACGACGUGACGGCUAAGGGAUUAUGGGAAAGAUUCUGAUUUUGUGAGUUGUCAAUGAAAUUGGUGAUGAUGAAACUCAUCAUGUUGCAGGUGAAUGACAAAACUAUCAACAUCAAACAGAGAAUGAGAUGAUUAUUGGGAAAAAAUAACAGGAAUUUGUAUAUUAUAUUCUCUGUCUUUGUUGUUGUUUUGGUUGGCUGGUAUUUGGGUAUAAUUUCGUUUUUGGAGUCAAAAGUUUCUC